AUGGGACAGGUCCUACCCACCCACCGUUCCGCACAUUCUACAUUCGGUGGCUUAGCUCAACCCGCUGUGACCCAGGCUAUUCGCUUGUUAUCGAAGGGACCUUUCCCCGUUGACCACCACCGCUCUAUACCUGAACGUCAGCGCUGGAGCUGGCAUAAUGUCUGUGUCGAUCCCUUCUCGGACAUCCCAGUCGCCUACACAACCGAUGGCCAGGACUCGCAUCUGGCGCCUACUGCAUACUCCUGCAACUCGAAUUCGUGGGUCCAUAUCUUCCCCGAGGGCAAGAUUCACCAGUCACCACGAAAGACCAUGCGAUAUUUCAAGUGGGGAAUCGCACGGCUUAUCUUAGAGCCCAAAGAAUGUCCGGAUGUGGUUCCGAUGUGGAUUGAAGGCUUCGACAAUGUCAUGCACGAGAGUCGGGAAUUCCCGCGAUUCCUUCCUCGGCCUGGCAAAGAUGUUAGCGUUACCUUUGGCUCCAAGGUAGACUCCGAUGCUGUAUUUGGGGAGGUGAGAUCUCGCUGGCAGAAGUUGAAAGCGAGGGUCGAAAAGAGCUAUCCCAAUUCCCGAGAUCUGCCCCUGGGUGUGCUAAGUGAUGAGCUGUUGAAUGAUAAAGAAGCUGUCGAGCUGCGCAAAGAGGUUACAUUGAAGAUCAGGAACCUUGUCUUGGACGUUCGCCGGUCGCGCGGAUUGCCCGAUGAGGAUCCGAAGGAGGGCUUGGUGGAUACCUGGCUGGAGGAGGGUGCCAAGCGUGAGGGCCAUAUGAAGGAUGAUUCCUGGGUCCGGGAUAUCUGA